AUGCAGUUUGUACACUCGCCUUACCUUGGCUAUACGUCCAACAACGGCUCUCAGCAGCCGUUAACAGUACAGCAACAGCAACAACAACAACAACAACAACAACAGCAGCCUACAGCUUCUCCUGGACUGCAGUAUCCUCCAUUUGACCAACAGCUGAGUUAUCACCAACAACCUAAUCCGGGCUUGCAACACCACCAGCAUCAUCAACAGCAACACCAGCAACCGCAUCAUGGUUUCCCAGCCGAGUAUGCGCCUCAACAAAUGUUGUCGCAAAGUGAUAGCACUAGCACCGGUGGUGGUUCAGUAAAGCCAAAGCGAAAGCAGGUGAAAAACGCCUGUGUCAACUGUCAAAAAGCAUGUAAAAAGUGCGACGACGCCCGACCUUGUCCUCGGUGCAUCAAGUAUGGAAUCGAAACGUCGUGUGUGAAUUCGGUGCGCAAAGAACGCAAGAAAGGUGUGAAACGCGGUCCAUACAAGCAACGAAAAGGGCAAGAUUCCGACACCAAUGCUUCGACAUCUCAACCGCCUACACCUGUACCAGAGACAUUGUCCUCUUUGGCGUCGCCCAACGGCAACCCAAUGCUACAUCCGUACUUGCGGGCUUUCGGCGCUGGCAAUGGCUUUCAGCCACACCAAUCCACCCAUGUCGUGUCGCCAUAUACUGUUCCCCCUGCUAUUAUGCAGCAAAUGUACCAGGCGGAAUAUCAACCCACAGCUGCUAUCAAGCAACAACAACAGCAGCAGCAGCAGCAACCUCAACAGCAGAGUGAAGAUGCCGGAGUUAAACCCAAGGAGAGUUCAUCGGCCGGUGCCGACUCCGAUGAGGAAGGCUCGAAACUGACGAUUCUUUCACAGCUAUGCAGCGCAGUGCUCGAUCACUCCGACUCGCCAUCUAAAGAGGAUGCGGAACAGGAUGACAGCACUUCUGCACCUGCAUCUGCCACUACCGAAUCUAACAAGAAGGAACAAUAUACGCUCCUUUCGGGUCAAGCGGGAUAUAACAUUCCUGCGAAUGCUCAACAACCCGGCGGAGCUCGCAAUUUUGUAUAUCCCUCUCCAAACGGCAAUAGUAGCGCCAACUCAUCGCCGCCGCAAGUGCAUCCAUUCUAUCCACAGAACCAGCAACAACAACAACAGCAGCAGCAACUACCACAGCAACAACAGCAGGUCUGGCCUUUGCCCCCAUUGCAAUCCGUUGUUCCCUCGGAUCGUAACGUGUAUUAUCAGCAACAGAAUCCACUGCAACAUACACCUCAAAAUCAGGAAAACAGCAGUGACAACUGGAACGGUUCCACUCCACAAUGGUAA